AUGAACAACAAAUUAUUCACGAUUGAGAGCAUUGGUGAUGAGAGUAACAUUGACAAUACAUGUUCGUAUCCCUUCCUUCAUGCUUGCGAGGAGUUAGAAAGUGCGAAAUUCAAAGAACACAGUGAAAGCAACGUAAGACGGGAUCAAAAGGAUUCUUUUGAGGAGGAACUUCCUGACCAAAAACAAGAAGAAGCUAUUGAUGGUAAGUCAAAUCUCAACAAAAUUACAUGUGAAGAUGGUAUCCCAGAUAAUUCUAAUCAUAUCAUAAACGACAAUAUUAUAAACUAUGGCUCGAGACUUUUGGCAAAAGAUGGAAAUGGUGGAAACUAUCAUAUCACACAAGGAAUACCAAGAAGUAUCAAAUUUCGUUCCAUCAAGAACCUUUAUAAGUGUACUUCAAGGAUCUCACCAAUUGAAGCUGAAUAUAAUUGGAAAAGUCCAACUGAAGAAGACCCAAUUGUAAAUCAUUUAGCAAACAAAGAUACAAGUAUCAAAACAAACGAAAAAAUUGUUGGUUUUGAGAGAAAAGGGAGAAACAACCAUGUAGAAAAAGAUGUUGAUACUUCUUCCGCCUAA